AUGCUAGGCAACAAUCGAUCGUGUGACCAGUGUUACGCACAGAAGAAGAAAUGUCAAAGACAGGAAGACCUGGCAGGCUGUACACGGUGUGUCAACCUUUCCCUGGAUUGCUCGACGGUCCGACAUCGUCGACUUCCCGGACGCCCCGCUCGGUCUAAAGUUUUAGGUCCAGCGGGCCGUGUCCAAGUUUGGAGAUCUAAAAAGAAUUCCCAUGGCUUCGAGGCUGCACAGGAAGAGCGCCUCGCUCAGUCAUCGCCGCAAAGCUCUGCCACAGAUGCCCGUUCUAGUAGUCCAGAUCAUGUAUCAACCGCGAGCAAAGAGAGCUAUUCUGCUGCAUCAGACGAUGAGACUAAUAGAUUAUUGUUGUCUCUUGGAUCCAAAUGGCUCAAUCCCGAAGAAUCCGCGGUCCUAACCCCUGCAAGCCGAGAAUUCUAUGCCCUCCAUAACAUUUUCAUGAUUGGACCCACCUUUGCGGAACCCUUUCGCCGGGCAUUGGAGUAUUCUCGCUCGAAGACCCCGGAGCUUCUGCAAGAUACGUUUCUCGCGAUGGACAAGUAUGUGGAGGGUGCUCGAUCGAAUUCCACCGCACCGGCAGAGGAGAUUGCGAGAGUCGCUGGCUUGCUAAAGAAGUUACAAGCUACGUCGAUCGUCAAUGCCGAUGAGGCUCUGGCUAUCUUUAUACUAGGCCAGAGCCUAGCGGCAUUUGAUACCUUUGUGGUAUCCACAGGAUCCAUGCUAAUAUUGCGUCACUCCUUAUUUCUGGUUAAGCCCUGGUAUCCCCAGCUGGCCCAGGUGGAGUUCUUGGAUUCGGUUACCAUCCUUCCACUCUUCUGGGAUAUCCUCGGGUGUCUGUUUAAGCGGGAAGUCCCUAUAAUACGGCCGCAGAUCUAUCGGCCUCUCGCCGUGGAUCGCAUAGCCGGGCUUUGUGUCUCGUUGAUGCCCAUGCUGUACGAGCUAUGCGAAGUCAGUUACGAAAUAAAGUCCCAGUCACAGCCACGAACCGAGAAGCUGGAGCGUAUUGAAGCCGAAGUCCGCUCUUGGGCUCCCAACCCGGCAUCUUUGAAAACCCUGAGGUUCACCAAUACUGAGAAAAGCGCAUUACAAGCACAAGCUGCCAUGUAUCGAUCAGCAAUCCUCCUACUCAUCCAUCGUCUGAUACAUCCCUUAUCUUGCCAAGAUGGAGUCGCAGUAUCACAUGCAAAUGACAUUUUGGCAGAAAGAGAUAAACUUCUCGCCGAUGGCGGCCCAAAUAUGAAGCUGCAGUAUGUCUGCUUUCCGUUGUUCUUGGCUCUUCUCGAGAUCCCGCUGCGGCCAGAGAGCCUAUGGCAAAGCGUAACCCGGUUGCCGAUCUGUCCAGCCUGCGCUGAUCAGUUUUUUGCUUUUCACAAAUACUUUUGGCAACAAAGAUGGGGUGGCUUCACGGGUUAUCUGUUCGAUCUUAUGGAUAAAGGACCGUCAUUUGUGGCUGUACCAUAG